UUCCCUUAAGUCGUAUUCACUCCCUUCGCUCGGCUGCUACUCACAGAGGUGGCGAUCCUCCCCUUCGCUCGAAAUUCCUCGUCGUUCGGCCCGUCGCCGGUCGGAACCCGCAAGGCCCCCGAGCCGCGCCGGGAGCAGCAAUCGCGAUCGGCGGUUCCCGGAAAUGCCGCCGAAGAAGGAAGCGCCCGUGGUCGUCGACAUCGAGAGCAGCGACGACGAAGGCUCCGUAGAAGUGGUGAGACGGGUCGCCGACGACGACGACCGUAAACCGGCGAUCAGCAACGCGGCGAGAAUCGCCGCGAUUGCUCCGCCUCCGCCUCCGCCUCCGGCGGCCGCCGGCGACGGCCUAGAGUCUCGAAGCUUCUGGAAAGCCGGGAACUAUGCGGUGGCGCCCGAUAUGAAGCUGGCUUCCGAUUCGAGCCUGCUGGAAUAUGCUCGUGUCCAUCCCAAGUUUCUUCACUCUAACGCGACUUCUCACAAAUGGGCAUUUGGAGCAAUUGCCGAGCUCCUGGACAAUGCUGUAGAUGAGAUACGUAAUGGGGCAACGUUCGUGAAAAUUGACAAAAUUGAUAUCCUCAAGGACAACUCCCCAGCAUUACUGAUCCAAGAUGAUGGAGGUGGAAUGGAUCCAGAUGGUAUCAGGAAAUGCAUGAGCUUGGGGUAUUCUUCAAAGAAGUCGAACACUACGAUAGGACAAUAUGGAAAUGGAUUCAAGACAAGUACAAUGAGACUAGGUGCUGAUGUAAUUGUUUUUACUCGUGCUAUUCGUGCUGGCCGAGCAACCCAAAGCAUUGGGCUUCUAUCGUACACCUUUUUGAGGACCACCGGGCAGGAUGAUGUCAUUGUCCCAAUGAUAGAUUUCGAUAUCUCUGGUCACUGGACUGAACCGAUAAUCUAUGGCUCAAAGAAUGAUUGGUCUGCCAAUUUGCAAACUAUCCUCGAAUGGUCUCCUUUUGCAUCAAGGGGGGACCUAAUGCAACAGUUCGAGGAUAUUGGGUUACACGGAACCAAAGUCCUUAUUUACAAUUUGUGGCUGAACGAUGAAGGCAUAUAUGAAUUAAGUUUUGAUGACGAUGAAGAGGAUAUCAUGCUGAGAGAUGAAGCUAAUCAGGGAAGUGCGACAAGUUUAAACAAACGGACAGCUGCAGUCCAAGCACAUAUAUCUUACCGGUUGCGCUAUUCAUUGAGGGCAUAUGCUUCCAUACUAUAUCUCAGAAAAUUUACGAACUUCAAGAUUUUAUUGAGGGGGAAACCAGUUGACCAGUAUAUCAUUGCGGAUGACUUGAAAUACUCGAAGGUUGUAUCAUAUAAACCCCUAGCUGCGGCAGCAUCAAAAGAGGUUGCUGUGGAAACAACCAUUGGCUUUAUAAAAGAGGUUGAUCAUGUUGGAAUUUGUGGAUUUAAUGUGUACCAUAAGAAUCGCCUCAUCCGGCCUUUCUGGAAAGUCACCAGUGAUGGGUCUUCAAAAGGAUACGGUGUUGUUGGAGUUUUAGAGGCAAAUUUUAUAGAGCCUGCACAUGACAAGCAAGAUUUCGAGAGGUCAUCAUUAUUCAUCCGACUGGAAGCUAAGCUGAAGCAGAUACUUUCAGAAUACUGGAAAAGUUACUGUCACCUUAUUGGUUAUCAGCCUCCUGGUUUUAAGGCGCAGAAGGUGCAAAAGGGAAAUCUAAGUCCCAUGGGGGUAGAAACAAAUGCGCAGAAACAGUCCAGAGAAAGUCAUCACUUGGCCAGUGUCUAUGAAGGAGUGCAACUAAAUCCAUCAACUGUUAGUGUUGCUGCUAAUGUCAGGCGGGUUUCCAUUGAUGGGCAAUCUAAUAAUCGCAAAGAAUUGUCUGUUAAUCAGCCCAUUGUUGGAUCUGCAAUGGGUUCAGAAAAUGCAUCAACCAAUGGUAUUGAGUCGAUGUCCUUAGAUCAGAUCUGUGAUGAGAAUUUACAACUCUUUAUGAGGCUUCAGGGACACAAGGAGAAAGAGACUGAGCUGCUAGAGAUGAUACAGAAGGUGGAGAAAGAGUUGGAGGAAACUCGGAGGAAAUGUGCAUCUCUUUCUUCAUAUAUAGAGACUCAAAGGAAACAAAAUCUAUUGCAACAGCAUGCUCGAAAAGUCUAGGUAUUGGGAGUGCUCCAAACAGAGUCGGCUGGUAAGUUUGGUUUGUGUGGGAGUUUGGUGCAAUACAUUUGCCAAUUCCCAUGUGUAAAAAUUAGCUAGACGUAGAACCUCACAUGUACAAGGUCAUUGUCAUAAAUCUCAAUGAUUUUCCACUCCUUGCUUUUGCGUUUCCAAAGGGGGUGUCCUUGCUUUCGUAACAAUGAUUUAAAACUUACCUAGUCUUCCCUUGGGUAGUUCCAUUUCCUGUGAAGCAUGUGCACGUUGAUGCGUAGAAGAGGCACAUGCUUGUGUGCUUUUCCUCUCAGAUUCAUUGAAUAUAUUAUCCAUAUGUGUAGGCGUAGUUCAAUUA